AUGGAAGUUAGCAAAACAGUACGCACUAUCAAACCUCCAGAGACAGAUAUUCUUCCUUAUUUGUUGGUCAAGAAAGGACUGCCGUCUUUAUUCAGUCACAAAGACGAAUUAGUCUUGGAUAAUAACAGUCAUCUCCAACAUCAGAGUGAUGGAAGAAUAUUUGAUUUUGCAUAUAUUUUGUCCAAAUUACACCCUGCACGCAAUGGAGUAAUCUUACCAAGCUGGACAGCGUUCAACACCAAGACAAAUCAGACUAUACCAACGCAGUCAACUAUUGGAUAUUUACCUGUUAUUGAUGCCUCCGUGACAGAUUUAGCAACCGUUAACACCAUUUUGGGACGGAGUGUCUUAAUUUGCAAAGAACUGCAGCUACCACAGAUUGUGCUAGUGUUCGACGAGGCAAUAUACGCGAAAGCACAAAUGAUUCGAUGGAAUCAUGAAGAAUACCUCAAUAAGACUGUCAUUAGAUUAGGUGAUUUCCACACUGUGAUGUCGUAUUGUACUGGAAUUUCCAAAAUUUUCAAGGAUGCAGGCUUAACGGUAUAUAAUUACAUAAUAUAGUGACAGGUUUAUAUUAAAUAUCUUGCUGUAGAUUGUUGACAGUACAUUUGACUAUAUUCAUGAUGUCUUGAGACAUCAAAGAGUUUUGCCUCGAAACCAAUACAUUAGACGAGUUAUACUGCAACUUUGAUGAAUUUAACAAAAAAUCUUGCCAAGAAAAUCCAACAUUUGCAUUCUGGUCGGUAUACAUUGAAAUGGUUCAAGUACUUCUGUUAUACAUUAGAGCAACUAGAACACCCGACUUGGCCUUGCAUCUUUCUGCUCUAAGAUCUAUGAUCCCUUGGUUUUUUGCUACCGACCGCAUCAAUUACGCACGAUACUCCCCCUGCUACUGGUUAGAAAUGUCUUGUCUGGACGAAACACACCCGUGUAAGUGUAUUACUGGCAAUAAAUGAAAAGUUAGAAUAAUGAGUUAGGCAGUUACUUUACCUUACCAAACAUUGAUUAGGACAAGUUGUUAUCCAGUGUAGGUAAUGCAUGUUGUAUACCCAAAUUAUCAAUUACUUUAUUCUUCAACUUUUUAGACGUUUCGUUCAACAUUGCAAAGAACUGGACUGUACAGAGACAGUCAAGCUAUGGAUUUUCAAGUGUCGCAUGUGACCAAACUAUAGAACAAACGCUAAAUCGCGACUCUAAAGUGAAAGGUGGGCUAGUAGGCAUUACUCUUAACUGUGGGGCUAUGCAUCGAUGGAUACUAGGACAAGCAGAACGAGCAGUAAUCAUGCGUCAAUGUGAAUCGAUGGCAAAUGUAUCUGAUAUCCCCAGGUGAAUAUAAUGCAAGAAAAUAAAAAAAAUUACAAUAUAGUAUGCAUUCAUAUGAACAGAAAAUGAAUAAAUUAAACUUGCAUGUUCAUUCACAUUUCAGAGAUAGAAAGGACUUGGACAAGACAAGGAUAAAAUCUGACGAAGAUGCGGUAGUAGAAGUUAUUCACACAAUCGACGCUUUUGUUAAUCCCUUUGAAAAUGAUCAUACCGAACUCGUCCAUCUUGCAAGUGGAAAAGUAGCCACAAAUGCUGUUGCAUCAGACAUGACAAACAUGUUCGAAAGAGGCGAAAAAGCUGCCUUGGAUUUCAUGAACACGAAAGUUCUAUGUAGCAAACCUGAUAUAUACGCUGCAAUUAAGAAAACUAAUCUGAAGACUUUUUCUCAAAUGAGCACAAAGGUGAACAGCAAAAAUAGGAAAGGAGACGUUGUAGCAGUAAAGAAUUCAAAAAAGCUGUUUGCCAAAAUGUUGCUCAUCGCCAGAAGCAGAGACGUAGAUAUGAAAGAGGUUCUUCAAUGCUCAUUAAGACCAUUCCCACUUCCUUUGGCUACAUCUGAUGGCAAUCUUGUAAAAACUGCGAAGUCAAAGCUAUUACAUCUUAUCGAGAACAGGACUACUGAUCACUUACUUGAUAGAAUUGAAGGCGAUAAAGUUCUAUACUGGAUGCUAUGGCAAUACUUCAAACCAUCAAAAUUACCCCAUCUACAUUUGGUGAGCUUGCCCAUAAACUACUUGUCAUGGUUGUGGAACUAGCCGUGAAGUCGAAAGCGAAAAGAGUUGAUUUUGUAUGCGAUCGUUAUCCUGCCCAGAGCAUAAAAGACUUUGAAAGGGCAAUACGUGGUGAAAGAGGGACACAGCUGAUUAAAAUCUACAGUUCCCUCCAGAACGUUCCUCGCCAAUGGAAGAAAUUUAUAACGGCUGGAGAAAACAAGGAAGAACUGAUAAAAUUUCUUUUUAAAUCCUGGAGUGAAGAGUGUGAUCCACAGCUGCUGCGAGGUGUAGAAGUUUUUAUCGCACACGAAAGCCAGUGCCAUCAGGUUGUUGCCUUGCAAAAUACAAUCGCAUGCCACGAAGUAGAAGAUCUUGCCUGUGACCACGAGGAGGCGGACACGAGAAUGCUCGCUCACGCAAAGAGUGCAUCCGCAGAGUAUUCCAGUAUCAUUAUUAAAAGUCCGGAUACGGACGUAUUUAUCAUAGCCUUAAAUGCUGGCUUGUCAAUUCGUGCUGAUUUAUAUUUCGAGACGGGAUCAAAAGAUAAAAGGCGGAUAAUAUCAAUUAGUAAGGUUAAAGAGAACUUGGGAGAUCUAUGGAGUGCAGCAUUAAUUGGUUUUCAUUCUUUUACAGGUAACACUUUUAAUUUUAAAUUUGCUGCUCGACCAUUCUCCGAAUGAAAAAUUAAUUAAUUAAUAUCCUUCUUUAAGGUUGCGAUACCACAAGCGCAUUCUUUGGAAAAGGAAAGUCUUCAGCGCUUAAAAUUGCGAUGGAAAGCGAAGAAUACGCUCUGGCAUUUUCAAACCUUGGAAAUGAAUUGGAUGUACCAAGUUCUAUGAAAGCUGUCUUAAAAACGUUUGUGUGCCAUUUGUACGGCGCUGAAAAUCAGAGUGAUGUCAAUCUCGUUCGUUACUUACUGUUUAAAGGAGGAAAAUUUGACGAGGAAUUAUUACCACCAAAACGAGGAUUCUUUGGAGCAGCAUGUGAAGAAGCGAGCGAAUUUCCAGUGUUUUAUUUGGAGGCGUGCAACGAACUCCAUGAUGGUUGCACCCAGUUUCUCUGGACACGGAUGGGAGAUCGAUAA